AUGCAGUACACUCUUUCCACCACCAGCGCUCUCCUCGCCGCUCUGUCCCUUACUUCUGCUGCUCCCAUGCCCAGCACUUCCACUUCCACUUCCAGCUCCAGCUCUGGUUCCUCCUCCAGCUCCGUCACCAUCGUCCUCCAACUCGAAGGCUUCGACGCCGCCUCCACCCUCCGCGCCAACCUCGACGCCACCACCGUCAACAACCGCGACGCCAAGUCCGCCGCGCUCCAACAGGCUGGCCCGUGGUGCGCCGGUUUCACCGAUGCCCAAGCCACCCAGCCCGUGCCGGCAUUGAACGGCGACGGCAUCUUCGACUCUGCCAACGAGGCCAUCUACAGCCAAGAUGAAGCCGUCACUGUCGGCUCCUUCUGGUGCGCGCAGACUCGCGGAGAGGUCGAGGACUUUGUCGCUCGCGCCACCAACGGCCAGGGCAGCAACGACAACCAGAACAACAAUGGCAAUGGCAACGCCAACACCGGCAACGCCGAGACAACCGUCCGCGUCCAAAUCGAGCUCGAAGCCGGCACCACCUUCGUGCAAGCCGAGCUGCCCGCCAACAUCGGCCCCGUCGACGCCAGCACGGUCCGCAACCUCGCCAAUGGCGCCAUCUCCAUCGACGUCGUCGGCAACGGCGGCAACUGCCAGUUCUUCGACGCCCAAGGCCAGACGCUCAACUUUGGCGGCGACGAAUUGGUGCAGGUUGCGAGCUUUGAGUGCCAGGCUUAG